AUGGCUUCCUACACUCCUAUCGCGCAUACCCCUAUGUCUUUCCCUGGACAAAACAGCACAGAACCAUGGAUUUUUAACCCAACUACAUUUACCCUGAUUACGAUGCCAAACGAAGCAGUGUUGGUUGAUACUCCAGCAGUCAAAUCUCGAGUCGAGCCAGUUACAGCGUGGAUAGCUGAAAUUAUUGGGCACCGAACGUUGAGCACUAUUUACAUCACUCAUGGUCACGGUGACCACGUUUUUGCUGCUGGAUACAUUCAAGAACAAUUUCCAGAUGCUGUUAUCCGUGCUACAAAUGGCACUUACACCCAUAUGCUAGAACAGGUUUCUCCAGAGCUCUGGAAUGGUCUUUGGGUUCCAACAUUUCCUGAGCUGGGAGAAGGUGGCCCUCCAGACUUGCAGGUAGAAGUCUUACCGGAGAGCGCAAAACACUUUACAUUGGACGGUCACGAAUUCCGUGCUGUCGAGGUCGUCGGAGGCGAUACUGCUGCGUCAACGGUGCUCCAUGUGCCUGACCUGAGUCUUGUUGUUGGAGGGGAUGUUGUUUAUGGGAACAUUUAUCAGUAUCUUGCCGAAAACACAACACCGCAACUCCGACAGGGUUGGAUUAAUGCCCUUGAUCAGAUUGCUGCCCUCAAACCCAGAGUUGUUGUACCGAGCCAUCGUCAAUCCACAGACAAUUUUGGGCUUGAACACUUGAGCGCUACGCAGGAAUACAUUCGUACUUGGUCCAGGCUAAACGAAGCUACAAAGACUUGGCAGCAACUGGAAGCCGCCAUCAUAAAGGCAUACCCAAAGAGAAUCGGGAACUUUAUCCUUCGGCUCUCUGAGCUGGUGACGAAGGGCCAACCGGGACUUUACACCAUGUCUACCGCCAAUAUAUUAUCUAGCAAGGAAGCCUUUGCCUCUGCGAUGACAGCCAUCUUCACCUGUCCCGAAUCGGAGCUCGAAUCUACACUGCUCGGCAUAUACUCCAAAGAUGCCGUCGUCACUGUGAAUGAGAAGCGGAUGACAUGGAACGACUUCUUCCCUUACAUAAGGGGCAUCAAUAAGUCGAUGGAGUCUGCAGAGAUCAACACGCAUUAUCUUUUGCAGGAUGGCAACAUGUUUGCGGAGAAACAUACGGCGAUUGGAAUUGGGAAGGACGGCACAAAGACUCAAGCGGAGGCAAUUUGCAUGGGCGAGGUCAACGCAGAGAAGAAGAUAAUUUGGCUGGAGGAGGUUUUGCAUUUUUCUGCUGGCACAGAUACAACCACCAUUAACUACGAAUAA